AUGCCACCGGCGGGCAACGAAUUCGCGGCGGAACAGCUCAAGAGCCAGGGCAACGCGCACUUUAAGAAUGGCGACUACGACCAGGCCGAGACGCUGUACAGCCAGGCCAUCCAGAAGAAUAGCAAGAACCCGCUGCUCUUCACCAACCGCGCCAAUGCCCGCCUGAAGCUCGAGAAGUGGGAGGGCGUCAUCAACGACUGCCUGGCGAGCAUAGAGCUGAUGACGGAGAACAUGAAGGCGUACUUCUACUUGGCGCAGGCGCAACUCGCCAUCAACCACCCCAACGAGGCGCUUAGCAGCGCGCUUCGAGCGUACGAUCUUUGCGUCAACUCCUCCCAGCAGACAUCCAACGCAGCGACCAUUUCUGCACUGGUAACCCGCUGCAAGAAGGCAAAGUGGGACAUCCGCGAGCGCGAACGCAUACGGCGUCGCAAAGGCCUCCUCCCCGAGCUCGAAAGCUUGCUUGAAAUCGCCUACAAAAAAGACGUCGACGACCUCGAAGCACGGCUAGAAGCCGGCGAAAUCGGCCGCGUCGAAGCCACCGAGGAGAAACAACAGCUCCACACGGAGUUUGAGCAGAAGCGGGACGACCUGCGCACCGCCUUCGCACUGUCCGACCCUGAGCAUCUCGAAAUCCGCGAAGUCCCAGACUAUCUCAUCGACGGCAUAACAUUCGAGGUCAUGACCGACCCGGUAGUCACCAAAAACGGGCGGAGUUACGAGCGCGCGACCAUCAUCGAGCAUUUGAAGAGGAGCGCAACGGAUCCCUUGACCAGAGAACCGCUGACAAUCAACGAGCUGAGGCCGAACAUCGCGCUGAAGGAGGCAUGUACCGAGUUCAUGGAAAAGAACAAGGGUUGGGUCUACGAUUGUGAGGACGGUGAGGAGGAUACGGUGCCGCGGUGGGCGCAUCUCUCUUGUGGCAGGAGAGACUACGAGACGAGCUGA